AUGCCAGAGUUUCGAAGACCUUGUGGACAUUGGCUCUAUUUGCCUGUCAACGACAACGAAUGGAUUUCCGAAGUCUGGGUUCGCUCCAAGGCUUUAGAGCAAAGCACAUUGAUCCUUGUUACUAAUUCUAAACGAACUUUGGUCAUGGAAGCACACCCAAGGAACAGCCACAGGUUUUCAUAUGAGCUGGUCGCGAAGUUGUCAAAUGAACCAAGCCUGUUUUAUCUCGACCUGAGAAGCGGUCUGCAAGAGAUUAGAUGCGGGAACGAGCCUCCAGUACAGGAUCCGAUCAAGACCAAGCCCGAUUUACUGGAGCCGACAUCAACAUACCCUCAAUGCCUGCCUACCGAGUUCUUCUAUUUUUCCACUGCCUCGCUCGAAGAUGUGUCUGAAAUAAAACUGUGUAAGGACGCACAGAGAAUUUCCGGUGUGGUUUUAGGGUACUCAGACGGUAGAGAAGUCAGCCUAGGCUGGGUCCACCCGGACCAUUUGAGUAGCCCAAUGAAAGUUGAUGACAGCUUGGGGAUGUGGUUGCUCGUAUCAGAGACUGGGCUUCCACUCCUUACUGAUAUUAGAUUGGUUACUGAUAUUAGAUUGACCGUUCCAAUGGCGGAAGCACAGAAGUAUUUUGCUGUACAAUGGCGAGGACAAUUGGGAUGGUGGUUUUCAGUUAGGCAAUGCCAAUUACACCAUGAAGGGGAGAAACACGAGGCCAAUUGA